GAAAAGGAACGGACCCGGGCGUGUGUGGGUUGCGGCACAUCCGGCGGGAGUUAAAUGGGGGGGUGUUUAGAACAGGGCUCGAGUUUCCGGGGGGAGCACAAAGGCGCCGGACCGAAGUGCGCAGGAGGGAAAUAAAGCGCUGGAAUAACGACUUCCGGUGGAAAAUGGUUGCGCAGUGGGGAACUUCCGGAAAGGGCUUGAGUUUCCGGCAGAAGGCGGCAGAAAACGAACGGAUCGAAACGUGAGCGCAACGGAAAGGCACUGGGAAAGGCCACUUCCGGUGAAAGUCGACUGUGGGGAGAGAUCCGGGUGUGUGUGGGGGGGGGGCGUCACGAAUUUCCGGUAAGGAGCAGAAAGCGACGUGAGCGCAAUGGAAGCGAGGGCAAGAUGGAGCGACGGUCCACUUCCGGUAUGGAUCGGAGAUAUCGCCGACUUCCGGGGGAAGCUGGUCGCGUAGUCUAAGCAUAUCCGGCGGAAGCUGGGGUCGCAUCCCAGCGGAAGUCGCCUCCGGGUGCAGCCGCCAUGGCGGCGCGCAGCGCGCAGGAACCGGAGCGCUCCCCUCCACCGGACGCGGACCCGGACGUGGAGCCGCUGCCGCGGGGCGCGUUCCGCUGCCGCCUGUGCCACGUGACUGCGGCCAACCGGCCGAGUUUGAAGGAUCACCUCCGCGGCAAAAAACACCGGCGGCGGCGGAGCCUCCGGGCUGAGCGGAGCUCCCAGCAGCUUCGGAGCCUUUUCGUCAGCGGCUUCGCCCGCGGGACGGCGGCCGAGGAUCUGAAGGAGCAUUUUGCGGCCUUCGGGGAGGUGCAGGCGGUGGUGGUGGACAAGGAGAAG